CAUAAUUUGUUUUCUUUAUCUCUCUUCUCUCUGCCCUUUUGCUUUAAGAAAAAAUCAAAUACAUCUUCUUUGUUUUGCACUCAAAAUUCUUCAACUACCAUAGCCAUUCUCUACACUUCUAGCGAUUAACCCAUUUUUUCUGCAAAUUCCUCUCAAUCCUCACUGAUUGACGAAGACGGAUACCGGAAAGAUUGAAUUAUCAAAAUUUCCAAUAUCGAGCAAAUUUGAUUUGCUCGGUGUUUUAAUGCAAAGGGUAGAGAAAAUUCACAAAGGGGUUACUAGUUUACCGGUUUGUGGAUAUAGUUAUGCCAGAGAUCAUACAUAAUAACUAUGAAGGCAGUCAAUCUUUACUAUCCGCUGCUGCGGCGAUCUACGCUGAAUUAACUCCGGCUGAAUUACCUCCGCCGGAAGACGACGUUAAUUCAAACCUUUUCGACAAAUAUGAGCUGGGAAAACUCCUGGGUUGUGGUGCUUUUGGUAAAGUGUAUCAUGCCAGAGACUUCAGGACGGCACAGAGUGUGGCGAUUAAAGUCGUCAGCAAACAGAAAAUACUCAAAGGUGGGCUAACGGGGCACGUCAAGAGAGAAAUCUCUAUCAUGCGCCGGUUGCGUCAUCCCCAUAUCGUGCGCCAACAUGAAAUUCUUGCUACUAAGAAGAAAAUCUACUUCGUCCUGGAAUUCGCUAAAGGAGGUGAACUCUUUGCUAAAAUAGCUAACGGCCGAUUUAGCGAAGAUCUCAGCCGUCGAUAUUUCCAGCAGUUAAUCUCUGCCGUUGGAUACUGUCACUCUCGCGGGGUCUACCACCGUGAUUUGAAACCGGAGAAUUUAUUACUCGACGAAAAUUGGGACCUGAAAGUUACCGAUUUUGGGUUAAGCGCUGUCAGGGAUCAGAUCCGACCGGAUGGUUUGCUACAUACACUUUGUGGUACCCCUGCUUAUGUGGCACCGGAGAUUUUGGCGAAGAAAGGUUAUGAUGGUGCUAAGGUGGAUAUAUGGUCAUGUGGUAUUAUUCUCUUUGUGUUCAAUGCUGGGUAUUUACCUUUCAAUGAUACAAAUUUAAUGACCAUGUAUCGGAAAAUUUACAAAGGCGAAUUUCGUUGCCCGAAAUGGACGUCGCCGGAGCUGAAGAGGUUGUUGACCCGAUUGCUUGAUAUCAACCCGGUUACUCGUAUCACCAUUGAGGAGAUUAAGAAUGACCCGUGGUUUCAAAAAGGGUAUCAAGAGGUGAAAUCAGAUCAUCACCCAUUCGAAUUCAAAUCUUGGUCGGGUCCAGGUUCCACUGGAGAAUUCCUUAACGCAUUUGAUAUUAUCUCGUAUUCAUCUGGUUUUAAUUUCUCCAGUUUGCUUAAAGGCAAUGGUGGAUUCAUUAUUAAGGAACGAUUCGUAUCGAGGGAGACGCCGGAGAAGGUAAUCGGGAAAAUUGAGGAGGUGGCGGAGGCGGAGGGGAUGACGGUGGCACAGAGGAGUGGCGCCACUGUGAAGGUGGAGGGGCAGAAUGGUAAUUUUGUGGUGAUGGUGGUGGUUAACCGGUUAACUGAAGAACUGGUAAUAGUUGAAAUUGAGAAAAAGGAGAGUGAUGGUGAAAUUUGGAAGAAGAAAUUCAAACCGGAGAUAAGUAGAUUUGUUUAUCAAGGGGAAGGACCAAUUUCUGGUAGCUGAAAAGUACAUUUGGCCUAAUUUUUAUGAAUUAAUGAUUUACUGAAAAAUUAUUAGGGAACCAAAUUAAUGUGUUGUACUUCUAUUAUUAUGUUUGCUACUCUCUAUAAUAAUUCAAUGAAUUAUUGGCAAUUUACUUAUCAAA